AUGUCAGAUCGAGUUCCAACUGUAGCUUCGAGGCAUCUGCAGGACGAAGUGAGCCAGUUUGAAGCCGCUCAUGGCCCACUCAGGGACAAUGGAGAUUCAUGCCUCGGUGAAGUGGUCCCAGAUUUCUUUCGGCAUCGGUUGGCAUCGAGUGAAAAUCCGAUGACGGUCGAUUUUGUGUUUUACCUUCCAAAGAUGUCGGAAACAAUGGCAUUGUUCAGAUACUAUUGUCAAUACAUCGAUUAUCUGUAUCAUGUCAUCAUUCCGUCGCGCGUGGAAGAUCAAAUCAAUUGCAUCUACCACUGCAUCGACAAAGGCUUACCGGUCAAUUUAGCCCAAUUACCGCUAUUGUUCAGCAUCUUGGCCAGCUCUGUUUAUUUCCAGUAUUCCAAUGGUCUGUCUACCUUUGCAGAGAGAUGUAGCCGCGAAUUCAUUUUCUUAACCGGUGCCGCAUUGAUAAGGAGCAAUUACAUUGCAUGUCCUACCCUUGAGGGACUACAGGCGUCGCUCAUUAUCAUGCACUAUCUGCCUAAUCCAAGUUUCCACUCAUCGGUCUGCUCACUGUUUCUACACGCGACGAUCAUUGGUCAGGCAAAAAGUCUCAUGCUGCAUUGCAUUGACUCGUCCCGUUGCCGAGAAGAAAGGGAAGCGAAUGGAUUCGACGCACUUGAGCUUGAACUAAAGAGACGACUGUGGUGGGAUAUAGCGAGUUUUGAUUGGCUGUUAGGUUUCUUGAGCGGUCCCCAGGAGUGGACAUAUUUGAUUAACCCCCAGCUCAUGAAUGUCCGAGAACCAUUGAAUAUCGAUGAUGAAGACAUCAAGGGCAGAGCAGCCGCCACACCAUCGCCAAUGUCAGAGCCAACGCAGAUGUCCUACACUCUUCAGCGACUUAACCUGGCAGUCGUAUGUCGCGAAAUAGUGGACAUGACGGCCUACGAACACAUGCGUGGAAUCGACGUAAGCUACGACAAAAUUCUCGAAUUGGACCGCAAGCUGCAUCAAGCGUACAACAAUCUUCCGGAAUUCUAUCGGCUCGAUAAUGUCUCCAGGCGUCGGUUCGCACCCCUCUAUCGUAGCCAGCCGACAAUUGCAUGGCAGAGGUGUCUUUUGCAGCAAGCUUAUCAUUCGCGUUUCUGCCGGCUGCACCGUCUGUACUUUAUCCGGGGAGCGCGAGAGCCCGCGUAUUCGUAUUCACAUGUAAUCUGCCUUCAGUCUGCGCGUAAAGUGCUGGAGAUCAAGAGAAUCAUGGACGAGGACGAACCAAAGUUCAUGCCGCCAACAUCCGCUGUCUGGUCUGUGAUGCAUCACGUCUUCAUGGCUGCAGUGAUUCUUUUGAUGGAUGUGUGCUUCAACUGGGAUGACCUUCUGGCUGAUAAGAGGAAGCAAGAGGUGCUUGAUGCGUGUCGUAUGCUCACCAGGGCUCAACGAACAUCGUCCUUGGUUAGCCAGGGUAUUCAGGCCAUGAUGGACGUGCUGCAAAAGCACUGGAAAAGUGGCAAGCAGUCCACCGAUGGACAGCCUUCGAAUUUACCAUCAUCGCCUGCCUUGGCUGCUACCGCUGUUGCAGAGCCAGCGCAAAUCGUUUCUUAUCAAAACUCGGCAAACGCGAUUGAUAAGAAAGAUGAUUCGUCCGCAGACCCUAGUUUUGGCAUUGAUCAAAAUGAGAGUCAAGAGCGGCCACUCGAAGAUAUAUGGACGGAGAUGCUUGACAGUGGCGGGGACUUGAAUUUUGGUACACCAGACUGGACGGACUUGUUGACCGAAUUGACAAAUGCCACGCUGCCGUGUAGUUGA